UUCGAUACUCUUUGCCAACCGAAUAUAUUGAGAAAUAGGUUGCACCUCCUCUACAGACGUGAGGCCUCGUUGGACAGCGUCGAUCUUUGCGACAUUUUUCUUCCCCAAGAGCACAACAGCUAACGGAUUAGGAAAAUGAAGAUUGCUUGCAUCGGUGCUGGAUAUGUGGGCGGCCCUACCAUGGCCAUGGUGGCGCUGAAGUGCCCCGAGAUCGAGGUGGUCGUCGUGGACAUUAACGAGGAGCGCAUCAAGGCCUGGAACAGCGACAAGCUGCCCAUCUACGAGCCGGGCUUGCUCGAGGUGGUGAAGGAGUGCCGUGGCCGCAACCUUUUCUUCUCCACGGACACCAGGAAACACAUCGGCGAGGCCGAUAUCAUCUUCGUGAGCGUCAACACCCCCACGAAGACAAACGGCAUUGGCGCUGGCAAGGCCGCCGACCUUACGUACUGGGAGGGUGCUGCCCGCAUGAUUGCUUCCGUCUCCACCAGCAGCAAGAUCGUGGUGGAGAAGUCCACGGUGCCCGUCAAGACCGCUGAGGCCAUUGGCAAGGUGCUGCGGCGCAACUGCUCGGACCCCAACGUGAACUUCGAGAUUUUGUCGAACCCCGAGUUCCUGGCUGAGGGGACUGCCAUUGAGGACCUGCGCAACCCCGACCGCGUCCUGAUUGGUGGCGCCGACACUGAGACCGGCCGCAAGGCCAUUGAGACGCUGGUCUCGGUCUACGCUCACUGGAUCCCGCGUGAGCGCAUCCUGACCGCCAACCUCUGGUCGGCUGAGCUGGCCAAGCUGACCGCCAACGCCUUCUUGGCUCAGCGCAUCUCGUCCAUCAACGCAAUCUCGGCGCUGUGCGAGGCCACCGGUGCGGAUGUGCAGCAGGUGGCGCACGCCAUCGGCACGGAUAGCCGCAUUGGCAGCAAGUUCCUGAACGCCUCCGUGGGCUUUGGUGGCUCGUGCUUCCAGAAAGAUAUCCUCAACUUGUGCUACGUGUGCGAGUCGGUCGGCCUGAAGGAGGUGGCUGAGUACUGGUACCAGGUGGUGUCGAUGAACGACUACCAGAAGCAGCGCUUUGUGGAGCGCGUCAUCAGCGCCAUGUUCAACACCGUGUCCCAAAAGAAGAUUGCCAUCUACGGCUUUGCCUUCAAGAAGGACACCGGCGACACCCGCGAGACGCCCGCCAUUGAUGUGUGCAAGGGUCUGAUCCGCGAUGGUGCCAAGUGCUGCAUCUACGACCCGGAGGUGACGCCGGAGCAGAUGUUCCGCGACCUGUCCACGCCCAAGUUCGAGUGGGACCGCCCCAACUACAGCCGCUCGGCGAGCCACAUGAUGGACAAUGUGCAGGUGGUAUCGGACCCCGCCGCCGCUGCGGACGGCGCGCACGCAAUUUGCGUGCUGACCGAGUGGGACGAGUUCAAGACGUACGACUACCAGG